AUGGAUCUGUUGUCUGAACAUCUGCUUGUGUUGUUUCUUCUCCACAAUCUUCUCCUAAUCACUGUUGUUUGUGAGUUUAUCUUGUCAGGUUUUGAGGGCUUGAAUAAUUGUUAAUCUCUAGACAGGUAAUAGUCACAGAUCGUAAGAGGUCUUUAAAUGGAAAAAAAGUUUCCUAGUGGAAUUUUUCAAGCCGGAUCUGCUAAAAAAUAUCUAGGCGGUCUCGGAAAGAAGUACCCUUGAAGUCAAAAAUUGAAGUUCUGAUGGAGCUUAUGAUUUCUUAAAAGGUCGUCGAAAAAACCGUAUACCUUCAGCGAGAUAAAAAAAAUUGGGCUAUGGUACGAUUUUUCAAAUUUUGGUUGACUUUAAGAGGCCAUAACUUUUUUCAGGGACCUUUUAGGCAAUUUUGAAGAAUUGGAUAAGCUCGAAAUACUGCAUAUAAUCAGUCUAAUAAAUUCUUAGUCAGUGAAAAAUUGGAGCUUUUUGCUCUAAAAAACUCUGCUCCUCAAGAAUUUUCUGCGAAAUUUACCCAUUUCCGGAGGGUACUGUAUGUGAAAGUCCGCAUUUUAAAGCGUCGGUGUAUGCACGCUUGUUGAGUGAUAACGUUUUCCAGUCGUCCAUCUUCACGUCUCCUUCACUGUUUUUAAUUUACUAUUUCAACUUUUGUGAAUUUACAAAACUGGUUAGUGUAUUUCAACUGUUUUCUGUCGUUAUAAUCCGUUAAAUUAAAAACAACUCGAAAACGUGACGCAAAAAGUGUGCAAACACACAUAGUACAAAACUCAGAAUGCGGACUUUUACAUACAGUACUCUUCGGAGAUAAAAAUCGCUCUUGUCAAAGCACACGAAAUUUUUCCAGUUGCCUGCUGCAAGGCGAAGACGGCCCAACAACCGGUGGCGGAAUCCCCUUCAAAGGUGGAGCCGCCUCCUCCGGCGCCAGUCCCCACCCCGAAAGCCGAGCUGAACUCCCAGAAAAAGCCGCCCAACGAGCCAGUUCCACCGGCCGGGAAUCCCGGCAGGUCGCUCCGAGUCAUCACGGCCGUCGGCAAGGUGCGGACGCCUCCGAAAACCACCCCGCCCGAGAGGAAGUCCGAGAAGAGGCAGAAAAAAUCGGCCGGACAGCGGAGUCGCCAACCGAAGACCGUGACGUGUCAAGAUCCGACCUUGGUCACUGUCACGGCUCCCGAUACGGUUGAAGGACCGCCGGUGAGGAUUUUACUGAGGUUGAACUCAAUGGGAAGCUUACAAGGGUGAUAAUUGUAAGGUGGAGUUUGGAAGCUACUAUAAAUUUGCCUAAGCAGUAUUUGAAGAAUCCGAUGAAGAUUUCAGAGAAGAGCUAUUUGCGCGAAUUUUUAGUUUUGGACGCAUUAUUUUUCAAAUUUUUGAAAUGACUUUUAGGCCGAUUUUGGCGUUAAACACGAAAUUCAGAACUCUGGAAAGUUCGAACUUUACGUAGGUUACCUCGGAUAAUUUUCUGGAUCUUCAAAAAUUGUUUCAAAAAGUUUAUACGGAUUUCAAAAGUUCCAAUGGUGAUCUAUCUUGUUGGAACGGUUCAAAUUUCAGCUCAAAAAAAGCUUUUUUUUUCGUUAACUUUUGAGGUCUGGCUAUUCAGGUGAAGCUUCUCAGGAAACGCAGUUCGGCUGCGGCGUCAAAACGGUUAGUUAUUGCUUUUUUUUUCUUGAAAAAAAGGGUCUAAAAUGCGGCCGACUCGAAGCGACUUGCGCACGGAUGCAUAAAAAUAGCGUUGAAACUCGAAUGUGCGCUGAGUGGCAUCCGAAAGCUUUGAAGCUCGAUAGAAAUAAAGUUUUUUUUUGUUUUCUUCCGAGAUCUAUGACCUAAGUUAUGAAUGACCUUCGCUAACGCAAACCGGACGUCUCUGAGCAGCUCGAGGGACUUCUUUAGCGGCGUAAGUACCCUUAAGGGGUUCCUAGUAAUGCUCAGAAGGGACUCCGGCGCGUCCGGGUCAAUCCUAGAAAAGCGCUAAAUGCGAAAAUUGUUAGAGCGCGGACAUUUUGAGUGAGUUGAGCACAAGAAGCUCUAGGAAGAACUCUUAAGUGAUCACUAGAAUUGCUCAGAAAGCCCUCUUAAGUUAUCACUAGAAUCGCUCAGAAACGUCUGAGGCGCGUCCGGUUUGCGUUAGCGAGGUCCGAAUGAAGCGCUAUUUUUGAAUUUUGUUAUUUCGGACGUUUCUGAGCACAAGAAGCUCUAGGAAUGGCUUCUGCCCUCUUAAGGGAUCCCUAGAAAUGCUCAGAAACGUCAGGGGCGCUUCUGGUUAAGUCCGAAUAAAGCGCUAAUUUUGAAACUUAUCAUUCGGACGUUUUUGAGCAAGUUUCUAAGCUCAAGAAUCUCUAGGAAUCGCUUCAGCCCUCUUAAGUGAUCCCUAGAAUCGCUCAGAAACUUCCGGGGUGCUUCCGGUUGAGCCCGAGUAAAGCGCUAUUUUGAAAAAAUGUUAUUAGAAUAUGGAAUUUUCUGACCAGGUGAGCACAAGAAGCUCUAGGAAUAGCUUCAGCUCUCUUAAGUGAUCCCUAGAAUCGCUCAGAAACGUCCCCUAGCGUUACCGAAUUGUUAGAGUAUAGAUGAAUAUUCAAAGAAAAUUAGGGCUUUUUCUAGAAGUCCUUGUACGGAUAAGGCGCCGACGACGGCUGCUACUGCGGCUGAAGAAGAAGACGACACGAUGCGCUUCGUCGCCAGCAUCAACGACUGA